UCGCGAGAAACACCCGAAGAAGAAAAUGCGAUGAAAACAAAACGACGCUCACAAAUAACCCCUAAAAAUUACAGCAACUGAAACUAAUUUCCGCCUUACUGAAACACACUUUUGCCUAAAUUCAGACUAACGUUACACGUUUACUCACCUAUACUACCCAGCUAGCUUGCUCUAAUUAACGCCAAGAGACACGGCGAUCGAUAUAUAUGAUAGCAGAAUAUUAGCUAGCCGCUAGCUAGCAUUAGCUGACAGCAAGCGACCUAGCUUAGCUUCCCCAGUUCUGAAGUUCCCGAGCGUGUUUUAGCGACAUCUUUUAGUUAGUUAGCAAACAUGUCGGACGAUUAUGAGUUCAGCGAGGACACCGGCAUGAUGAGAAUGGAAGAGGACGCGGAGGCGAACAGCGACGACCCGAUGUCUGCGGCCGGGGACUGCGGCCUGAUGGGGGGCGAGGCCGAGGGAUCCAGGAUCGAUGCCAGUAAAAACGAGGAGGAUGAGGGGAAGAUGUUUGUAGGAGGGCUCAGCUGGGACACGACCAAGAAGGACCUGAAAGAUUACUUUUCCAAGUAUGGGGAGGUUGUAGACUGCACAUUAAAACUGGACCCCAUGACUGGCCGUUCAAGGGGCUUUGGCUUUGUGCUCUUCAAGGAGCCUGAUAGUGUUGACAAGGUUGUCACCCAGAAGGAGCAUAAACUCAACGGAAAGGUCAUUGAUCCCAAAAAAGCCAAGGCCAUGAAGAGCAAGGAGCCCGUAAAGAAGAUCUUUGUUGGUGGUCUCUCUCCAGACACUCCCGAAGAGAAAGUCAGAGAGUACUUUAGUGCCUUUGGAGAGCUGGAGUCAAUAGAACUUCCCAUGGAGAACAAAACAAACAAAAGGAGAGGCUUCUGCUUCAUCACAUUCAAAGAGGAAGAUCCGGUUAAGAGGAUCAUGGAGAAAAAGUACCACAAUAUUGGACUUAGCAAGUGUGAAAUAAAAGUGGCAAUGUCCAAGGAGCAGUACCAGCAGCAGCAGUACUGGGGAGGCAGAGGUGGAUACUCAUCCAGGUCUCGAGGCAGAGGUGGUGGUCCCAGUCAAAACUGGAAUCAGGGUUAUGGAAACUAUUGGAAUCAAGGCUAUGGCAAUUAUGGCAAUUAUGGGUACAAUAAUCAAGGAUAUGGAGGAUAUGGCGGCUAUGAUUACCCUGCUUACAACAACUAUUACGGAUAUGGUGACUACAACGAUCAAUCUGGUGGAUAUGGCAAGUCACCACGCCGUGGUGGUCACACCAACAGUUACAAGCCGUAUUAAUGGGGGAAACCCUCAUCUUCAAGUAGCGGAGCUUCCUUGCAGGCCAUGAGCUGACUCCCAGAUACUCUCAGGGCCCGCUCAAUGCGGACCGGGUACGAGAAGCAUACGCUCUCGAAUGCUGCCAUUUGGUAUGGUCUUACAACAUCCUGUAUCAGCAUUUCUAAACUAAAACAAUAUGGGACACGUCCAGCUUUGUCACCUUUCUUUCCAUUUUAAUUUCUUUGCAACUGUUUGUAAUGUAAAACUUAAAAUAUACACGUGUAAUUGUCAUUUUUUACAGGCCCUUACUCCCCCACAAGUAAUGAUUAUAAAUAUGACAAAAAUAACUAUUUGCUUUUCAAAGGAUAUGUACAGCAUUCUCUGGACUUCCCAGUUCCUUUUUGUUAAUAUAUGCAUUCCUAAUCUUAUCUAAAAUGCUUGUUUCUUUAUUUAGCUCUUGUAGCCAGUAGUCCAUGAGCUAAAACCUGGUUCGUAGUUGGACUCUACCGUGUUGGGGGAUAAAGUGCUUUACUUUGUGUACAUGUAUUGUUCUGUUUUUGUUACACUGACAGCGAUGGAAAAGACUCCUCCUUUUCUUAAUUUUCUUGUAAUGAAUUUUCCUCUUUUAUAACCUUUUGUAAAACAACAAGUGUCACUACAUUUGCAGAAAUUUGCAUGUAAUGCUUUUCUUUAAUGUGUAUUUUUGACCAGUCGAAGGUUUCUUCCACGUAGUAUUUUGGGCUUUGACCUCUUCAAUUUAUUGCACUUCAGGAUUUCUAGCUUAUGGACUAAGUUUUUUUUAACUGUAAAAUGUUAAAAUAAUGGUUCUCAGUUUGCUUGUUUUUCAUUGGACAUUAUAAACACGGGGGAUUCCUAUAUGUCUUUUUUUUUUCUUUUAAAUUAAUUUCACAGUUUUUCGUUCGUCUAU